UUACUGCACACUGGCUCUGUUCUUCGACUCACACAUCCUCCCCCCCCCCACCUUCUCUUUCAGCAUUCCUAAUUCUCUUUCCAGCCCCACUCUUGCCUGCAGCUUGCAUCCCACGGCUACCACUUCCACCACAGAACCACUAAACAAAAGAAAAGGCAACAACACAACGAAACAACCAUGGGGGCAGCGCUAAGUUGCAUUGCACUACCUGCACUGGGAGGAGUGGGAUCCAUCCUCGCAUCCUGUUUCUCCGCCGCAGCAUGUUCCCUCGCCUGUCGCUCAUGCAACUGCAACAACUCUAUAGCAACCCGUGUGGGCUACGCUCUCAUCAUGCUCGUCAAUUCCUUGCUGGCAUGGAUAUUGUUGUCGGAUUGGGCCUCAAAACAGCUGGAGAGCAUCACACAUGGAUAUCUGCGACUCAACUGCGAGGACAAGUCAUGUUACGGAGCAUUUGGGGUUCAGCGUGUGGGAUUCGCUCUGGCACUUUUUCAUUUCAUUCUUGGCGCGCUAUUGAUUGGUGUACAUGAUUCUCGUUCGAAGAGGGCUGCUGUCCAGAAUGGGUGGUGGGGACCCAAGGUGCUCGUCUGGAUAGCACUGGUGGUCGCGUCGUUCUUCAUUCCGACAGGAUUUUUCGUCUUCUGGGGCAACUAUGUGGCAUUGAUUGGUGCGGGCAUCUUCAUUCUCUUUGGACUGAUUCUUCUCGUAGACUUUGCCCAUACCUGGAGCGAAACCUGCAUGGAUAAAUGGGAGCAGAGCGACACCAACAAAUGGCAAUUCAUCCUCGUGGGCUCGACCAUGAUCAUGUAUCUGGGCGCCGCAAUCCUGACAGGAGUCAUGUACGGAUACUUUGCAGGCAGUGGAUGCAGCAUGAACAUCUUUUGGAUCACCUUCAAUCUCAUUCUUGGUGUCCUCGUCACAGUCGUUGGAGUUUUGCCCGCAGUUCAGGAGGCGAACCCGAGAUCGGGAUUGGCGCAAUCGUCCAUGGUGGUGAUUUACUGCGCUUAUUUGGUCCUCAGCGCCGUCGCGAAUGAGCCGGACGAGGGAACCAACUGCAAUCCAUUGAGUAAGGCGCGAGGAACGAGGACGACGUCGGUGCUUAUGGGGGCUGUCUUUACCUUCCUCGCUGUGGCGUAUUCGACAUCUAGGGCAGCAACUCAGGGCGGAAAGGCUGGAAUCAACAGUGGCGACUAUGCGCCUCUUAACUCUGAUUCCGCCGUUCCUCUGGUGAAUAACCAACCCACAGGAUCUUCGAUGCGACGAUCUGAUGCCCUGCUUGCGGCUGUCGAGAGUGGAGCUCUUCCUGUCUCGGCACUGGAUGAGAUGGAUGAAGAUGACGAUGACGAGGAGUACGAUUCCAAGGAUGACGAGAAGAACGGAUGCCAGUACAACUACACGUUCUUCCACGUGGUCUUUGCCCUCGCGGCGAUGUAUAUCUCUAUGGUCCUCACUAACUGGAAUACGUUUAAGGAGGUUGACGGCAGCACCGAUAAUCUGAUCCUCAUUGGGCAGAGCUGGCCCGCGGUCUGGGUCAAGGUGGUGUCGUCAUGGAUCUGCUACGGACUCUACGCGUUCUCGCUCCUUGCCCCUGUUCUGUUCCCUGAUCGGUUCAUGGACUAUUAACUGGCAAAUGUCUAAUAAAGUGACCCAGUGCCUCUGGCGAGCACCUCCGGCCACCCCUUACUCAAUAAGUAAGGCGAUUGAAAUGGGCCUCACUCACUAAGGACAGCUGCUGAAACUGAUAAAACUAUUACAUUCAAGAGUGAAAGUAUAUAUAAUUUAAGAAGUUGCAAGU